CUUCGUAGUUAGUCUUUAAUGAGAAUUUGGGCAGAGUAAACGUGUUUUAGCAUGCUAUCAAUUCAGAUGAAGCCAGUUUUACGCAUCGCCGUGCCCGUGCUGCUGCUGUGGAUGCACUUCUCGUUGGCCACAUGCGAUGCGAAUGACGUACUUAACAAAACUUACAAGACUUAUCCAAUUGCAGCCGAAUCUACAACAACGGAGCACAGCAAAGUAAGCGACGAGUCGAAGCUGGUAGCAGGCUUGCCAUUACAAAAGAAUGCGACCAGCCAAUUCCCGGUGCAUAAAAGCCAAAAGAUGCACCAAAUUAAGAAGCUCGACGAGAACAGCGACCUCCCCACAGUACGGUCAGUGCCCAUGGAGAAAGCUGCUGCAACUGAGCAGCCCAAAGAGAUGGAAGUUGAAAUAUCGAAAAUUGAUGCGCCGAUCGCUGAAAUAGGACCACGCAUCACACUGGACUCGCUGCCCAUCUGCGGGGAAGGCUUGAAGCUCUUUGGAAACAAUUGUCGCAAGGAGGCCUAAAGCGCUUAAUAAUAAAUACGAAUGCAACAAGCUUGUGUUUUGAUGGCCGC